GACGGUGGUGGGUAAGACAUCUAGUUGGGUUUGGUGGAGGAAGAAGUGGUCUGUUGUCCGAAUGGAAGACCUCUCCCUUUCCAGACGUCUUUCUCGUUGGAACCGCCGGCCCCGUUAUUUGUCCAGAGCUGACGCCUACCCUCGCCUCUCGUCCAGGGAGUGGGGACUAGUGAAGCCCUUGUUCCAGGCUGAGAUGUAUCGGCUGUCGUCAAAAAGCCAUGCCUGGGUGCCUAAUGCUUGGCUUCCCCCAUGUCGGCCAGUUUACUAAUAUAGUCUUUCUUUCGGCCGUCGGUCUUUGUUCUUUUUUGAGUAGAGGUAGUUCCCCAGUAGAUUUUCAGACAUUUUUCUUUUCUUCUUUUUUUUUUUUUUUUUUUUUUACUAACCCUUGGCUUUGUAGGUUCUGCCAUGGAUCGCUUAUCUCCCGAAGACAAGGGUGUAGUGGAAGUACCCGCUUGGCUGUCCGAAGUAUAUACCGAGGACAUUCUCAAGGCUGUGGAGGCCAAGAAGAAGGACUCCUCCAAGAAGUCCAGUGAGGGUGGCUCUGGCGACGUUGCCAAGGAACCCAUCGUGCCGGCUACUAAGAAGCGCCCGGCAUCUUCAACGGAGGCUCCUAAGCCCAAACGACCCUUCUUCAAGAAGAUGGGUCCGGCCGACGCUGUUACCAAGCCGUCGGUACCGAAACCGUCCGCUCCCCCAACUGAGGGGGAGGUUCCUCCUAUCCAGACGCCCAUUCCUCCUCCUGAGCAAAAGGAGAUUCCAUCCCAGAUGGACACCGAAAUGGAUGGUUCUGCCGGAGCAGACACUGACGAGGCAACAGUCGAUCAGACUGCGGCGGCUGACGCCCCCGCCUUGUCCAGAGAGGACAAGGGAAAAGGCAAGGAGACUGAGGCUCCUUCUACUGAUAAUGCCUCUAAUCCUCUUGCAGCUUCGCCAAUUGGUUAGGGUCUCUGUACUUUAAAUUUGUGAUAAUCAGGUUGGGUUUGCACGAUAUUUAUUAAUCUUGGUGUUUGGUUUAGU